UAAGCAGUAGGGAGUUUCUGCUAGGGUCUGGAUUGGAGUUACGCACAGACCGGACCCUACCCUGUAUGAGUGGUGUCUGAGGAGAAACAGAGGAUUCCCCAUUACCGCAGAGAAUCUACAUGUCUAAUAUUUAGACAUGUUCAGCUUUGUGGAUAUUCGGCUAGCGCUUUUGCUCAGCGCAUCAGUGCUUUUGGUGAGAGGUCAAGGCGAGGAUGAUAGUGCAUUCAACAGCUGCACGUUAGACGGACAGAAUUACAAUGACAAGGACGUCUGGAAACCAGAGCCCUGCCAGAUCUGCGUCUGUGACAGUGGAACCGUCUUGUGCGACGAUGUGAUCUGUGAGGAUUCAUCCGACUGCGCUGAUCCUAUCAUUCCAGACGGAGAGUGCUGCCCUAUCUGCCCCGACACUGAGGGAAUGAUUGAUGGACCUAUCGUUGAGGAGACAAGCAAAGGAACCAAUGGCCCCAAGGGGGACAGGGGUUCAGUUGGCCCUCCUGGCAACGAUGGACUUGACGGACAGCCUGGCCUGCCUGGCCCACCCGGCCCCCCUGGCCCACCCGGCCUUGGCGGAAACUUCUCUCCUCAAAUGGGCUAUGUUGACCACUCCAAAUCCAGCGGUCCAGCUCAACCUGGCCCAAUGGGUCCUAUGGGUCCUCGUGGUCCUCCUGGACCCUCUGGCUCCAGUGGUGCUCAGGGUUUCACUGGACCCCCCGGUGAGCCCGGUGAGCCUGGAGCUUCUGGUCCCAUGGGUUCACGUGGUCCCGCUGGCCCCCCUGGAAAGAACGGAGAUGAUGGUGAGCCCGGCAAAGCUGGACGCCCCGGUGAGCGUGGAUCCGCCGGUCCUCAGGGUGCUCGUGGAUUCCCCGGAACUCCUGGACUCCCCGGCAUCAAGGGACACAGAGGUUUCAGCGGUCUGGAUGGAGCCAAGGGAGACACAGGACCCGCUGGCCCUAAGGGAGAGCCCGGUAACUCUGGAGAGAAUGGUCUCCCUGGAAUAAUGGGUGCUCGUGGUCUUCCUGGUGAGAGAGGUCGCCCCGGAGCUCCUGGCCCCUCUGGUGCUCGUGGUAAUGAUGGAAACUCUGGUCCCGCUGGACCCCCUGGAUCUACUGGACCCGCUGGUUCCCCUGGCUUCCCCGGUGGUGCUGGUGCUAAGGGUGAGACUGGUGGUCCAGGAUCUCGUGGAUCCGAGGGACCCCAGGGAGCCCGUGGUGAGCCUGGUAACCCAGGACCCGCCGGCCCUGCUGGACCUGCUGGAAACCCAGGAUCUGAUGGUGCCCCUGGUAACAAGGGCUCUCCUGGUGCUGCUGGUAUUGCUGGUGCUCCUGGUUUCCCCGGCUCUCGUGGUCCUGCUGGAGCUCAGGGAGGUCUUGGUGCUCCUGGUCCCAAGGGUAACAACGGAGACCCUGGUGCCCCUGGAUCUAAGGGAGAGCCUGGUACCAAGGGAGAGCCUGGCCCCGCUGGAGUUCAGGGACUUCAUGGUCCUUCUGGUGAGGAGGGAAAGAGAGGAGCUCGCGGAGAGCCCGGUGGUGCCGGAGCCCGUGGACCCCCUGGAGAGCGCGGUUCCCCUGGUGCUCGUGGUUUCCCUGGUACUGAUGGACCUGCUGGUGGCAAGGGAGGCCCUGGUGAGCGUGGUUCCACCGGUCCUCUGGGAGCUCAAGGAGCCACUGGUGAGUCUGGAAGCCCCGGUGCUCCUGGCGCACCUGGAUCCAAGGGUAUGACUGGUAGCCCUGGCAGCACUGGCGCUGAUGGCAAAGCUGGACCUUCUGGUGCCUCUGGACAAGAUGGCCGCCCCGGAGCACCUGGCCCUGCUGGACCAAGAGGUCAGCCUGGAGUUAUGGGAUUCCCUGGACCCAAGGGAGUCUCUGGUGAGGCUGGUAAAGCUGGUGAGAGAGGACCCUCUGGUGGUACUGGCGCUGUUGGUGCCCCUGGCAAAGAUGGUGAUGUUGGUGCUCCUGGACCUUCUGGCCCCGCUGGACCUGCUGGAGAGAAGGGAGAGCAGGGACCUGGUGGUUCUGCUGGAUUCCAGGGUCUUCCUGGACCCCAAGGUGCUACUGGUGAGACUGGCAAGCCUGGUGAGCAGGGUGGUCCCGGUGAGGCUGGACCCCAUGGCCCAUCUGGACCUAGAGGCGAGAGAGGUUUCCCUGGUGAGCGUGGUACUCCUGGUAUCGCUGGCCCUAAUGGACCCCGUGGUUCCCCUGGCCCUGCUGGUAGCGAUGGAGCUAAGGGAGAGGCCGGUGUCAACGGUGCCCCCGGUGGUGUUGGACCUGCCGGUAUGCAGGGAAUGCCUGGUGAGCGCGGAGCUGGUGGUAUGCCCGGUGCCAAGGGAGAGAGAGGUGACGCUGGUGGCAAGGGAGGCGAUGGCGUUGCUGGCAAAGAUGGCGCGCGUGGUCUGACCGGUCCCAUUGGAGUCCCUGGACCCUCUGGUCCUCAGGGUGAGAAGGGUGAGGGUGGUGCCCCCGGAGUUUCUGGACCCAGUGGACCUCGUGGUUCCCCUGGUGAGCGUGGAGAGAGCGGCCCCUCUGGACCUGCUGGAUUUGCUGGACCUCCUGGUCUUGAUGGUCAGCCUGGUGCCAAGGGAGAGACUGGUGACACCGGACCCAAGGGAGACGCUGGUGCUCCUGGACCCGCUGGAGUUGUUGGAGCUGCUGGUCCUCAGGGAAAUGCUGGCCCUCCUGGACCCAAAGGUACUCGUGGUGGUGCUGGAUCUCCUGGUGCUACUGGUUUCCCUGGACCUGGUGGAAGAGUUGGACCCCCUGGCCCCUCUGGAGUUGCUGGACCCCCUGGCCCCGUUGGACCUGUUGGCAAAGAUGGACAAAGAGGAGGCCGUGGUGAGACUGGCCCCGCCGGUCGUCCCGGUGAGCCUGGUGCUGCUGGAGCCCCUGGACCUAGUGGAGACAAGGGAUCUCCUGGUUCCGAUGGACCCGCUGGUGCCCCUGGUACCUCUGGACCCCAAGGUAUUGCUGGACAGCGUGGUAUUGUAGGUCUCCCCGGACAGCGUGGAGAGCGUGGUUUCUCUGGUCUGCCUGGACCUGGUGGUGAGCCUGGAAAGCAGGGAUCUGGUGGUGCCUUUGGUGAGCGUGGACCCCCCGGACCUGCUGGACCUCCUGGACUCUCUGGUGCUCCCGGAGAGGCUGGUCGUGAGGGUUCUGCUGGACACGAUGGCGCCCCUGGUCGCGAUGGAGCCGCUGGCCCCAAGGGAGACCGUGGUGAGGGCGGUAUGGCUGGACCCCCUGGAGCUCCUGGUGCUCCUGGAGCUCCCGGACAUGUUGGCCCCUCUGGCAAAUCUGGUGAACGUGGAGAGGCUGGCCCUGCUGGUCCCGCUGGUCCUUCUGGCCCUGCUGGUGUCCGUGGCUCUGCUGGCCCCGCUGGUGCCAAGGGAGAUAGAGGAGAGUCUGGUGAGGCUGGAGAGAGAGGCCACAAGGGACACAGAGGAUUCAGUGGCAUGCAGGGUCUGCCCGGAACUGCUGGAACUGCUGGAGAGAGAGGACCCGCUGGUGUCAAUGGACCCGCUGGACCAAGAGGACCUUCUGGAAGUAAUGGUGCCCCUGGUAAGGAUGGUAUGAAUGGUCUGCCCGGACCCAUCGGACCCCCUGGACCUCGCGGUCGCAAUGGAGAGAUGGGACCUGCUGGUCCUCCUGGACCCCCUGGACCUGCUGGACCCCCUGGAGCUCCCGGUGGUGGAUUUGACUUCAUCAGCCAGCCAGCUCAGGAGAAGGCUCCCGAUCACUUCCGUGGCGGCCACUACCGUGCUGACGACCCCAACAUGAUGCGCGAUCGCGACAUGGAGGUUGACACCACCCUGAAGACCCUGUCUCAGAGGGUUGAGAAAAUCCGCAGCCCCGACGGUACCCAGAAGAGUCCUGCCCGCAUGUGCCGUGACCUGAGGAUGUGCCACCCUGAGUGGAAGAGCGGCUCUUUCUGGGUUGAUCCCAACCAGGGAUCUCCUCUGGAUGCCAUCAAGGUACACUGCAACAUGGAGACUGGCGAGACCUGCAUCUACCCCAGUGAGUCCAACAUCCCCAUGAAGAACUGGUACCUCAGCAAGAACAUCAAGAAACACGUCUGGUUCAGCGAGUCCAUGACCGGUGGAUUCCAGUUCCAGUAUGGCACCGAUGGAGCUGAUCCCGAGGAUGUCAACAUCCAGAUGACCUUCAUGCGCCUGAUGUCCAACCAGGCCUCUCAGAACAUCACAUACCACUGCAAGAACAGCAUUGCCUACAUGGACGCCGCCACUGGAAACCUGAAGAAGGCCAUGCUUCUCCAGGGCUCCAAUGAUGUCGAGAUCAGAGCCGAGGGCAACAGCCGCUUCACAUACAGCGUCAGCGAGGAUGGAUGCACGUCACACACUGGCACAUGGGGCAAGACAGUCAUCGACUACAAGACAUCAAAAACAUCCCGCCUGCCCAUCAUUGACAUUGCUCCUAUGGAUGUUGGUGCAUCUGAUCAGGAAUUUGGCGUUGAAGUUGGCCCUGUUUGCUUCUUGUAAAAAAAUGAAAGAAAUAUGGACAUGACAUUUGUUGUUUUUUUUUCUAGCAGUCAUCUCUAAAUCCUUUUUUCUAUGCAUUCAAAACUCAUUCGGCUGCCAUUGGUCCACAUGCUUAAAACCACUCUACUGAAGACGGUGUUUGUGUUUUCCCACUCAUGAGAAGUUUUUUUGGGACUGCUACUUCAACUGAAACCAGCCACAAGGACACUUUAAAAAGAAUCUUUUGUUUCCACUGGCAACAAGAAUAUAAUAUAUACUUGUGUAAAAUUUUCCCCUGGAGAUUGAGAAAAAAAAAAUCCACAUGCGACGAAAACACAGGUGACUUUUGCCAAUUUCUACCACUGCGGAAGGACAUUGAAAACAACAAGUGAUAUGUACCAUUAUUCUGGUGUUAAAUAAAUUGUAAAAAGUGUGAAGUGUCUUCUUGUUCUAAAUUCAUGAACAACAAAACACCUGAACGUUGCUCAGACAAAUGUGACCGUCAAAUGAGCAAAGAUGACAAAGCUAACCUUCAUUGCAAUAUGUAGAUGGCUACCUCAUAUCAAGAAGUCACCCCUAUUUUUUUUCUUAAACGACAAGGGUACAUUUUACACAACAAGUCUAUUUUGGCGAAUUAAAUCCAUUCAAAGGUGCUAUUACAACUCAAAAGAGGUCCAGUUAUUGGUGUUUGAUGGUGAGACGUUCCCUGUCAUACUGUAAUUAUUGCCACUAAUGUCUGCAGAACCUUUGGUGCUACUAAAAUUGACUCAUUCUCUUGUUGUCUAUGCAGUGCAAUUGUUUUCUUCUUAAGUGUUGGUUUGAUGACAGAGGUCCUUUGAAAAGGCAAUCACUGCAGAUGUAAUGCAUGCAAUCAUGUCUUUGUAGAUAAAAGCAAGUGACUCUGGUACUCAUUCCCCUGCCCGUUUGUGCAGUAUUGACCUUUCUGUCUGUUUGCCCCUGUGGAAAACUCCUCUUCACUAAAAGAAAAAAAAGAACAGCACACAUCUCCCACCUUGUUGUUUAUGUUGUUUGUUGAUGUCGAAGGGUUUCUUAAAAAAUAAUUUGAAGCAGACCCCUUUCAUGGUUUAAAAGAAAAGAUUCUGUACUUAUUUUGUACAUGUAUAAUAAAUCAAGAUGUUUUUAAUUAUUUUGGGUGCUGAAAUAAAGCAUGUGAAGUGGUCUACUCA